UUGUUGGGUUCCGUGGUCCUUGUAUAACUGACAUGAACAACCAACCACGACGCCACGAAUCUUCUUCUCUUCUUGAUUCCUUCACAAGAAACCUUCACCGCAUUGAAGCAACGCUUCGAGCUUCCCGGAGAAGAUGUUCUCGUCCGUUGGUUUCGUCUUCCUCUCUGGUGUUUUCCUCGGAAUCAUCGUCAUCUUGGCCGCCGAAGCUGCGGGAUUGAUGUAUCUCGUGAACCGAUUGAAUCGGAGAAAAGAUCCAAAACACGUCUCCGAUCCAUCCACCAAUGAUCCUCCCAUCGAUUUCUCUCUCAACAAACAGGGAAUGGUGUGGAUUCUGGAGGUGGAUGAAGGUGUUAAGAACUGGUUGAAGGAGAAGCCACAAAAAGAGCACAAGAGGAAGAGAGAUUUCUUGGAGGUUCAUCCUCUUCGAAAAUUCGCUAGGAUCAAAGAUCACAAGCUCCUCUUAUCAGAUGCUUCUGCUGAUAGCACCACUCAGACUACGGUUUCUUUAAAAUGCUGCUCUAUUGACGCCGUUUCAGGCUCUCAUCUCCCUACAAGAAAAUGGGCGAAAAGGUUUCCUAUAAAAGUAGAGAGCAAGAUAUCUUCAGAGUUAUACAAAGGAAACAAGGUGUUUUACAUCUACCUCGAGACUUCUUGGGAGAAGGAAUCAUGGUGUAAAGCUCUUCGUCUAGCUGCUUGCGACAAUCCGGAAAGGUUUAUUUGGUACUCUACCAAGUUGCAACAAGAUUUUCGUAGCUACGUCACGUCUCUCAAUGUUGCAUAUCAUUCGUUCAUGAAACCAUCCGCUGGGUUUUGUUUCGAGACCUUUGACAAAGGGAACAAAACCGAUGGUGGUUCCUCAAAGGUUCGCUUGUUCUUGAAGAGGUUUUCGAGGAAGCGAUCACAUCGGGAAGACAGGAAAAACUCUGUGCGUUCUUACCAAGAUUCACAACACGGAAGCAGCUCGGGGAGGAGCGGCUCAGGGAGGAGGAUGGGAGAUUAUAGCGCUGAUGAAUCUGAUCUGCCUGUCUUUUCACGUUCUGUGAGCCAUAGCAGUCAUGUUUCUGGUGUUUCAGACGGAGACUCUGAAGAGAAGUUUGACAUGGAUGAAGGAACAUUGGCGUGGAACUUGCUGAUCUCUAGGCUGUUUUUCGAUCUCAAACAGAAAACAGGAGUGAAGAGCUCAGUGCAAGCACGAAUCCAGCGGGUGUUAUCAAGCAUGAGGACUCCAAGCUACAUAGGCGAACUAAUCUGCUCGGAUGUUGACACUGGAAAUCUCCCACCUCACAUACAUGGUACUCGGGUUCUUCCGAUGGAGAUGAGUGGUGUAUGGGCGUUCGAACUAGACAUUGAAUACUUUGGUGAAGCGGUGAUUGAGGUUGAAACACGUGUCGACAUCCGUGAGGUGGAUCUGCAAAAAGGUAUAACCGACACAAGGUUACAGCCAAGCUCUGCAGGGGAAGAAGUUGAAGAUUUUGAAAAGCAAUUAGUACAAAAUGGUGGAUCCAAUAAAACAGAUGAAUCCAAGGGAUCAAAAGGAACGAAGACAUCUCCAAAUGGUGUAUCCAGGUGGAAGUCUAUUAUUAAAAACAUUGCUGAACAAGUGUCCCAGGUGCCUAUCUCUUUGUCAAUACGGGUGUCUUCUCUUCGAGGGACACUGCGGGUACACCUGAAGCAGCCUCCUUCUGAUCAGUUAUGGUUUGGAUUCACGAGCAUGCCCGAUGUAGAAUUCGAUCUCGCAUCUUCUGUUGGGGAACACAAAAUCACCAACAGCCAUGUUGCUAUGUUCUUGAUCAACCGGUUUAAGGCGGCGAUACGAGAGGCUGUAGUUCUUCCAAACUGUGAAAGCCUAACGAUUCCUUGGAUGAUUGCUGAAAAAGAUGAUUGGGUUCAACGCAACGCCGCUCCAUUCAUGUGGAUGAAUCAAGAAAGCGAUCACAGUAGCUCACAUGCAACAGAAGGGAAAUCUAAAUCUGACAAGCCACCCACCUGUUCCUCCUCUGUUCACUCUGAGCAAAUGCAGAAGACUGCAGACACCACUCAGAAGCCAAUUAUUCCUGAAGCGGUGACUCUGACUUCUUCCUCCUGUGCUCAGUCUGAACAAGUCCAUGGGGCUUCCAAUACCAUCCAGGCACCGAAUUUUGAAGCAGAGGCUACGUUUACGCCAUUGUCAAGAUCAUCCACAACAGUUACAGUAAAGAGUGAGAAAUCCCUGGAAGAACUGAAAACUCCACUACUGCGACCCAGCAGCAGUGAAAAGCAAUAUACAAACUCAAGAGACAGGACCACUCAGUCACCAUCUAGGACAAUACUACUUUCAAGCGAAGAAGAUGAUUCAAGCGGAAAGAAACUGGGAAGGAGAGCUAGGAUGCUGGGUCUUGGGAAGAAAAUGGGGGAGAAGUUGGAGGAGAAGAGGCGUCACAUGGAGGAAAAGAGUAGACAGAUUGUUGAAAAGAUGAGAGGACCUUCUUAACGUGACAAGGAAUAAGCUUUUUUUUUUUGCAGGGUUUCAGAUACAUAAGCUAACUUAUAGAAACAGGCAUUGCUACAUGUACAGCUCCAUCAAUGCCUCUAUUUAUUUAUUUAUUCUUUAGGUAAAUUACAAG